GGGGGUGGACAGGAGCAGACGAGCCGAUGCUGCUCAGUGAGAGAUGGAGAGUCGGGCUGUGAUCACGGCUGUCAGCCUGAGCCUCAGUGCCUGCGCUCUGCUGCUGCUCAGCACCGCGAUCUUCACCGACCACUGGUACGAGACGGACACCAGGAAACACAGGGAGAACUGCGACGGGCAGAGCCGUGCGGACAGGGACCAGGACAGGGUCAUGCCGAUAUACAACCUGCCUCUCCUGGGGUCGCCGCCGGGUUUGGGUUUGGGGGGGGUGGGCGCGGGGACUGGCUCUCCCCUCAACACGGCCCCCCUGGCCCCCGGGAUGCGGGAGGAUCUGCUGGAGACCUGGCGCUCUGUCCUGGGGCUCGGAGUGUUCCAGUCCGAGUGCGCCCGUCCGCUCUUCUCCACCUACACCGGACUGUGGAGGAGAUGCUAUUAUUUGGGCGUCGAUCGCGACAUCGACCAUCUCAUCUCGAAAGGAAUUGCGCAGAAAUGCACAUCUGUCAAGUAUCACUUCUCCCAACCCAUCCGUCUAAGAAAUAUUCCUUUCAAUCUUACAAAAACUAUCCAGCAGGAUGAAUGGCAUCUGUUACAUUUGAGGAGGAUCACUGCUGGUUUUCUGGGCAUGGCUGCUGCUGUUCUGCUCUGUGGGUGCAUUGUGGCUUCAAUCAGCUUUUUCUGGGAAGAAAGUCUCACUCAGCAUGUGGCAGGUCUCCUAUUCCUAAUGGCAGGAAUUUUUUGCACAAUUUCUCUUUGCACAUUUGCGGCGAGCAUUUCCUACGACCUGUCACGCCAACCCAAAUUUAUCUAUGCACUGCCAAUUGAUGUUGACCAUGGGUACAGUUGGUCCAUUUUCUGUGCGUGGUGCAGUUUGGGAUUAACAAUGGUUGCAGGCUGUUUGUGCACCGCCUUUCCAUUCCUCAGAAGAACCAAGAUCAUCCAACAAAAGUCUGCCAGAGACUCCUCUGUGUGAGUGUGUCCUGAUGAAAUACCGUUUACGUUUAUGAGUUGACCACUGCUUCUCAAGCCUGACCUUGUGGUUUUGAGGGCCAUGUACAAAUAUUACAUGUAUUUCUCCUUAACCUGCACUUGUAUUUCUCCUUAAAUUCUGAAAAGUUAUUUCGACGGCAAAGUUUUCCUAAAGGUGCAAUGUCUGUUUGAAUGAACUGUAGGGAACAAUGCAAAACUAUCAAACAGAGAGAAAGUAUGCUGUUAAGUAAUGUAUUAAUGAAUGUGUUCUCCUUAAAAUUAAAACUAUUUUAUUAUUGACCACUGCAGUCUUCCUGUUUUGACAUUCUAGGUGAAAUGAUUUCAAAUUGUUGCUCCUGUGGUCUUAGCUGCCUUUAGGAUUUUUAUUGCGUCACUGUGUAUUCAAAAAGGAACUGGAAAUAUUUUGCUGGGACCAGGCUUAAAAUAUCUGUUGUAUUCUAAUUUCUCCGUAUUAUUACUAAGAGAAUAUUGCAUUAUUUUUCUCCUCACAAGAGACAUUUAAUUUAAACCUGUCAGGUCCAGUAUCAAUAUGCACUUUUACAUUCAAAAUGUCACCUUAAUCAAUCUGUGUUGGCUAUUUUACUAAGUAAUGGCUUUUGUAGGCAUAUCAGAUUGACAUAGUGAGUAGCGUAUUCUGAAAAUACUUUGUGGUCAUUUGUUCAGUUCCGUCAUGUGACUGCAAGAUGUGAUUAACUGCUACAGUGCAACUUUUCCAUCAAUGUGUUACUCUGUCUUCUAUCUUUAUUCUUUGUUUAAACAUGCAGCUUUUCUUUAAUAACCCUUGCAUUUGAUCUGGCGCCUCAUCACAUCAUUGUGGAGUCC